AUGGAGAGUACGCCACCGGCCUCUCCAUUGGUUACGGAUCUCGCUGAUGAGGCUAUUCGUCGGAGUAAAAAGAAAUAUAAGAAACGAAGGGUUAAGGAGGGUCCAGUGGAUGGUCUUGACAAAGGGGAGGAGGAAUUGGAUACUGAGAUUCCUACGCCCAAGGUUCCUUUGGAAUCUAGUAAUGUUUCUUAUAAGGAUCGGGUUACUGGAAGUGUGCCUGUCCAGGAGUCUACUUGGGAGGACUGGACUGAGAUUGAUGAAGGGGAUGAUAGUAUUAUGUUUGAGGAUUCUGUAUCGGAUGGAGAAGAGGGGGAGGAUUCUGAUUCACGGGGUCGAUUCUCAGUCGAGGAGAAACGUGAAUUAAGGAAACCAUGGAAGAAUGCGUUGAUCGUGAAAUUGCUUGGCAAAAUCCUUGGUUUCAAAGCUCUUUCAUCAAGAGUUCAACAGCUAUGGCGUAUUGAAGGCAAAUACAGAAUUAUUGAUCUUGGUAAUGAUUACUUCUGUUUUAAAUUUCAGAAGAGGGGGGAUUACAAACAUGUUCUGGAUGGUUGUCCUUGGGUGAUUGGUGGGCAUCAACUCACAGUUCGGCAAUGGACACAUAAUUUCAAACCAAAUUCAAAUGUUAUCAAAUCCAUUGUAGCUUGGAUUCGACUACCGCAAUUGCCUUUGGAGUAUUACACUAAUAUGGCGAUUAGAAGAAUUGCAUCGAAAGUUGGCAGAGUAAUUCGAUUGGACAAAACUACGGAGAGUGUAGUUAGGGGUGGUUUCGCAAGAGUUUGCGUGGAGUUGGAUCUGUCGGUUCCGUUGAGGUCGUCGGUGGUGGAAACAUCGACAAAUGCAAGUUUUGGUCCAUGGAUGAUUUUCCAACGGAGAGGUCGUCGACCGGUGCAGGAAACUGUUGAGAAAGGCAAGUCAACGGUUAGGAGUGAUCCUGGGCAUGAUUCUAGGAAUUGUUUUAAUCACUUAAAGAAUGUCAAGGAGGAUUUGGUGGAGAAGAAAAAGGAGAAAUUAGUGGAAGAAUUCUCUUCUGUGAAGAAAGGUCCGUUCAAGUAUGAUAGGAAAGAGUGGAAACCCAAGAAAGAUUAUGGCAUUAAUAUAACGUCUAAAUCUUCAGGUAAAGAGGGAUUUAAGGCGAAAUCAAAGGGUGUUGCUUCCUUCUCUCGGUCUAAUGCAGAUCUUCCUAAAGCUUAUUCUGUCUUUGAGCCCAAUAAGGUAAUUGGGCCUCCUCCGGGUUUCUCUUUUAAGGCCGGUGAUUCUAGGCCUGUUACUUUUGAUGCUAAACGUUUGGUGGAGCUUGUUGGGAGUAAAUUACAUGGGCCUGUUAUGGAUGGUGUAAUGGAAACUUCAACAGCUUCUUUAACUACGAUGCCGUCAACUAAUGAGGGAGCUUCUGUGGUGGCUAAGGAGUUUUCGAAGUCUGAUGGGGGAAAGAAAUUGACUUCUGAUCCCUCAAUUCUUCCACCGCAAAAUCCUCCUUCAAAUGUGUCUUGUGUUCCUGCGGUUUCUUUGGAGGAAAAGGAAGUGGAGGGGAACGAAGAGAGGGGUUUAGGUUACUCUAAUUUUCGGAGGACCUGUAAAGAGUUGUUGAAGUUGUACAAGCCUGAAGUUUUAUGUUUAUUGGAAACUAAGGCGAAUACAGAGGUUGUCAAGAGAGUGGCGAAGUAUCUUCGUUUUUCAGAUUAUUUUGAGGUUCCAACGGAAGGCAUGGCAGGAGGAAUUGUUCUUUUCUGGAAUGCUGCAACAACUGAUCUAACGGUGCAUUCUUUUUCCACUCAAAUUAUUCAUACGAGUAUUGUGUAUAAGGGAGUGCAGCAUAUGGUUUCAUUUGCUUAUGUGCGGCCUCAAACCCAAUUUAAGGAUAUUUUUUGGCGUGAUUUGAAAGAUUUUUCUGUUUCUAUUUCUUCUUCUUGGAUUGUUCUCGGGGAUUUUAAUGACUUUGCAUCUUUGAAGGAGAGAUGGGGUGGAAAAGAUGAUGUUGGUUUUCUGAUUAAUCGAGUCCUGAAGUUUCGAAAUCGGUGGAAUGAUUGUAACUUGCUAGAUGCAGGGUCUUCAGGGUCGAAAUUCACUUGGAGAAGACGAGUGGGUGGUCGAGUUGUAUUACAGGAAAAACUUGAUAGGGUACUUUGGAAUUUGGUUGCUUUAACGGAACUUACGAAUGCCAAAAUCAUGAAUUUGCCUUGUUUAUGUUCAGAUUACCAUCCAAUUCUUUUGGAUUUCAAUUGUAUCCAAAAGGCGCCGCUUGAAAAUAGACUCGUACGUUUUGAAGCGGCUUGGCUCACUCAUCCGGAGUUCUCUCAGGUCUUUGCUGCUGCUUGGUCUCGUGGUGAAGGGUCUCUAUCUCGGGCUAUUGCGGAAGUUACUAAAGAUGUUCAGGCCUGGAAGGGCCUUAAAGCCCCUGGGGUGGAUGGUAUUCAACCUAUUUUUUAUCAACGUAAUUGGGUUACUGUUAAAGAGUCCCUGUUGAAAUUUGUUGAUGAGGCUAUUACUUCAGGCAAGAUAGAUGUUAACCUGCUACAUGCACACAUGGUUCUUAUUCCGAAAGGUAGCAAUCCGACAUCUGUGAAGGAUUUUCGUCCAAUAACCUUGCUUAAUACUUGUUAUAAGAUUUUAUCUAAGGUCUUGGUGAAUCGGAUGAGACCUAUUCUUCAGCGUAUUAUUGGUCCAUUUCAGAACAGUUUUUUGGCUGGUCGAAGUACUACGGAUAAUAUUUUGAUUACUCAGGAGAUAGUUCAUACUUUGAGUAAUUUAAAAGGGAGAAAGGGUGCUAUGAUUUUGAAGAUUGAUUUGCAAAAAGCAUAUGACAAUGUGAGCUGGGAGUUUCUUCAUGAGGUUUUGAAUUUUUUUGGGUUUCCUACUCAGCUUAUUAGUUUGAUUAUGUUUUGUGUUACUAAUAUUGAUUUGUCUAUCAUUUGGAAUGGGAAGGCUUUGCCUAGUUUUAAACCUCAGCAGGGUCUUCGACAAGGUGAUCCUUUAUCGCCAUAUUUAUUUAUUUUGGCGAUGGAGCGGCUUUCUCAUAUGAUUUUGGAAAGGGUGGAUAGAAAGCAGUGGGUGCCUGUCAAAUCAUGUCGGUCAGGUCCAAAGUUAUCUCAUUUGUUCUUUGCAGAUGAUUUGAUGUUAUUUGGACCGGCUUCGGAGGAGCAGGUGAAUCUUAUUAUGGAUGUGUUGUUAGACUUUGGCAAGGCCUCUGGUUUAGAGAUGAAUUUACUCAAAUCUAAGCUUUGGGUAUCGCCAAAUAUUUCAAAGCAGCAAGCGGGAAGGUUGAGUUCUCUUUGUGGCAUUCCAUUGGGCCAGGAUUUGGGCACUUAUCUUGGGGUUCCCAUUAUUCAUACUAAGGUAACUCGGUCUACCUACAGUUAUGUGAUUGAUAGAGUGUUGAAGAAAUUGGCUAAUUGGAAGGGUAAAGUGCUAAGUUAUGCAGGCCGACGAACGUUGAUUCAGUCCUCCCUUAGUAGCAUUCCAGUUUACACCAUGCAAACUGCUUUAUUACCUGUUUCUGUUUGUGAAAAAUUGGAUCAGGUUAGUAGAAAUUUCUUAUGGGGUGGUGAUGUUAAAAACUCACAUGAUCAUUUGGUAAAUUGGGAUCGAGUGUGCCGUCCCAAAGGUAAUGGAGGUUUGGGGCUUCGGAAAGCCAGAUUGACCAAUGUAGCAAUGUUAGCUAAAACAUGGUGGAAAUUACAAAUGAGGCAACAUUCUUUAUACACUGAGAUUUUUGAGGAAAAAUAUUUGAAGGGGGUUGAGUUCGUGAAUAGUAAAUAUACCAGUCGACAAUCUUCUACUUGGCGAGGUGAUGGUCCCUUAAUUAAUCAUGUUUUGUCUUCUGAUGCUGAUUCUUUUGCUCGUGAUACUAAAGUAGCAUCUAUUUUGACAAGUGAUGGUGAAUGGGAUUUGAAUGCUUUGAGACCGUUUCUUUCCAACUUGAAAUUAGAAGAGAUUAGAGCUAUUCGUUACUUCACUAGCUCAUUGGAAGGAGAUAGGUGCGCAUGGGCUUGGGACAAGUCGGGUUGUUUUACUACGAAAUCAGCUUACGGUGUUUUAGCUAAUUUGUUUCGGCAUGAUGAUUUGGCUGUGCGGAGUCGAAAGGGCUUGACAACGGAAAUAGGUUGUUCGCUGUGUGAGGGGGAUGUUGAAACCAUUGAUCAUAUAUUGCGAGGUUGUCCUUUUGCAGAGGGUGUUUGGAGUAGUUUGUAUCGUAGGUAUGGGCUUGAUGCUCGGAGUCAUCAAGAGUUUCGUGUUUGGAUGCGGAGCAAUGCUACCCGAGGGACUCCAUCUAUUGUUUUGGGUUCCCAAUCUGUGUUAUGGGAUUUGCUUUUUGUUUCGGUCCUUUGGAGUCUUUGGAAGGCUCGAAAUAAAAUGGUUUUUCAAGGGAUUGUACCAAAUGCUGAUAGUGUAGUGGCGUAUGCGGUGAAGUUGGCGCAAGAUUCCGCUAUGGCAUGGAAUGCGGGUUUUCGAAAUCGCUGUCAGCACCGAGGCACUACGGAUAGUUUGAGUGCGGAGCUAUGGGGUAUUCGGCAAGGCCUUUUAAUGGCAAAGUCCAUGAAUAUUGCUUCUUUGGUGAUAGAGAUGGAUGCUGAUGUGGUUGUUCAAUUUCUUAAGGAUCAAUUAGACUCUUCUCAUCCUUGCUACACCUUGGUUCGUGACUGUUAUGAGAUUAUACAGGGUGUGAGCUGGUGUGAUGAACCUCCGGUACAACUCUUACCUCUUCUUGAAGAUGAUAGGAUAGGGGAGGGUGUUUUAAGGCCCUAA